AUGACACGACCAACAUGCCAACAUGACCAACAUGAACAAAUAUGGAUGCAAACAUUCUAUGCUUCUGCUAGAUCUACUUUCGACCCUUACGUCACAAUCCCUACACCACAUCCUACACCACAUCCUACACCAACUCCUACACCAACUCCUACAGCCCCUACUCGCGCCAUGCCAUCUUAA